UCAGCAUGGGGAUGCUGAAAGAGCUGAGCAAUAAUUGGGCAGACCAGUAAACCCACGGAGACGCCUAGGUCCUGGCUUCCUCCCGAAAGUGUUCUGGAACCUUUCGUUUGAAUUAGCCGAGUCAGGCAGGGAGGGGCGUGGAGUCCUUCCGCCCUGCUUAGGAGGGGCUGCAUUGCAGGGGGAGACUGAACCGACAGACUGUCACUGAAGAGGGAGAGGGAGCCAGAAGACAAAGCCGGCAAAGCCCCCACAGCUGCCUUUCUCUCCAGCCCAGAGCAGGCACCGGAGCCCCGGGGUCCUCCCUCCAUCCUUGGAACGCACUAGUAAUUCACUGAUAACAGGAAGUUAUGAGGGACCCUGUGAGUAGCCAGUACAGCUCUUUUCUUUUCUGGAGGAUGCCCAUUCCAGAGCUGGAUCUGUCGGAGUUGGAAAGCCUGGGUCUGUCUGAUACGUCCACCUACAAGGUCCAGGACAGCAGCGUUGGCAAAAUCACCGGGCAAGCAACUGGAACAGAGCAGGAGAAAAGUCCUGAAGGCGAUGUCCUCCUUGAGUACAGCACCUUCAACUUCUGGAGAGCUCCCAUUGCCAGCAUCCACUCCUUUGAAUUAGACUUGCUCUAAGCCCAAGACUCCUCUCUCCCACCCACCACUUUGCCCUCCUUGUCUUCCCUUUCUACCCUCUUCGUUUUCAUCCUUUCCCCCUAUCAACCUUGCUCUUUCUCCUCCGGUGUUGAGGUGGUGCUGAUGAAUCUGCCAGAGUUAUCUUUUAUUAUUUAUUUAUUUAUUUAUUUACUUACUUACUUAUUUAUUUAUUUAAUAUAUCUUAUCGUUUUCUUGCAAGAGCCCUCAAGCCACAAAGUAAAGGGUUCAAGCAAUGGAGUACUUAGUUGCUGGGUCACAGGGAUCCCUCCUCCUCUCCGCCCCAAAUUAACUCCAGAAAACAGGCCUGAUGGGAGCACCAGAAAGUAGUAGUAUAAUAGGACUGAUUUUUUUUUUUUUUACCUCAUUUUAAUACCCUUCCUAAUACCCUGCUCGAGGCCAGUAAACACAAAUAUUUCUUCAAGAGUUGAUGAAUACCUUGUAAAUAUUAAUUUGAGAUUAUCUGCUACAAGACAGUAGGAUUUCUAAAAGGCUAAGGUGAUAAGACACUUGCUUUUUCUGAGAGAAAUUGGGGGUAAACAGUAAACCAAGAGGAAAUAAUAUGUCUUGGAAAAUGAAAAUAGGGGAAAGCCCUGAAUCAUUUCAGGAAUAGUUACGUUCUCUUGAAAGGGUGUUUCUCCUUAAAAAAGUCUAUUCACUUUACAAUUUUGCUCCUAAUUAUGGGUUGAAAACUGAGGAAAAUUACUCAGAGUAAUUGCAAUUUCAAAUCUUAAAUGCAAUCUUGCUGACUAUUAAUGAUCAUUUGUAAGAUCUUAAUUCUGUUUCUAAAAGACAUAGGGUUUGGUCCUUAGUAUUUUAGACUUGCCCUCCUGCAUUUCCCAGUGAUACUGAUCAUUGGGCCUCAGGCACAGUUCCUCAGCUUACCUUGAGACCACGAAAUGAGCAACCACAUUCUGACCCUACACCCUGUUCCCAGUCUUUCCAAAAUUUUUGCUGAUUUGUGCUGCCAUUUAUUCAUUUCUUUA